UUGGCUCCAACUGACCCCGUGACCCUGUGUUAGGCUAUAGCUGGUUGGAAAAUGACUGGCUGACUAAAAGAAAUGAUGUUGCACUUUCUUACUUGGAAAACCAGUUACCUUCCAGAAAAGACCCCUCCUACAGAUAUUCUGUUAAUUAAAAAAUUGGUGUCCAAUAACCCUACUUAAUAGUGAUUAUAAAAUGACUGCCUUUGCCUUCUCUUAAAUUAUCAAUGCAUUUCUAGACACCAACAGAAUAUGGCUUUAUGAAAUGUCUCCACAUCGUCAGGGGUCACUGUGCUGGGAUGUAGACUUGACCCCCUAGUAGCUCAUAAGUGAGUUGGACCAGCAGCAAGUGAGGAUAAAAAUGAACGAUUGGUCCCCAAUAGCAACCGUGUAUGAUCCCCUCAAAGCAGGCAGCAUCGAUGGCACCGACCUGGAGCCUCAUGACCGGGCCGUGUGGAGGGCCAUGGUGGCCAGAUAUGUCCCUAACAAAGGAGUCAUUGGAGAUGCUCACCUUACGCUGUUUGUGGCUCGGAUAAGUCACCACACGACUGAGGAGAAGCUUAGAGACGUUUUCUCCAAAUAUGGGUCAAUCAAGAGGUUGCGGCUCAUUCGGGAUUUGGUCACAGGGUCUUCGAAAGGCUACGCCUUCAUCGAGUAUAAUGAGGAGCGCUCCCUUUUAAGAGCUCACAGGGAUGCCAACAAACUGGUCGUUGAUCAGCACGAGCUGUUUGUUGACUUUGAGCUGGAGAGGACGUUAAAAGGAUGGAUUCCUCGGCGUCUUGGCGGCGGGUUAGGAGGAAAGAAGGAAUCCGGCCAGCUCAGAUUUGGUGGACGGGAUCGGCCCUUCCGGAAGCCUAUCAGUGUGCCUGUGGUUACACACGAUUACCAGUACAAAGAUGGGCAGCCAUCCCAGGACAGAUCACGAGAUCGAUGGAGAGAGCGAGGCAACAGAUGGAGAGAAAGAUCUCCAGAGCGAGAACGGGAAAGAGGGAGAGAACCAAGUCACCGAGACUGGGGAAAAGAAAGGAGUUACCGGCACAGAGACCGAAGCAGGGAACGAGACAGUAAAAGGAGUUGGAAUGAUAGUAGACACAGGGACAGGGACCGUUACAAGGACAGAUACUGAGCAUGGCCUGGGACACAGGUUUUCUACUAAGGAUAUUUGGUCAAGCAGCCGCUUGAUCGUGGACAAUCAAAAAAACUGCUCGGUUUUAACAAGUGCAGGAUACAUAGAUGAAUGUCAACAACGUACCGCAGUUCAGAACUGCACAUAAUUUUGUGUUUGGCAGUCAAAAAAAGUGCCAGGUGGCAACAGGGUGAUGCUAGCAGCAGUUGGGGCAAAUCAUUUCAAGACACUGAGCUGUCUGUUGCUUCGGACACUUGGACUGUGGGGCAUAUUGUUUGUAGUUUACCUCAUUACUAUGACCUGCUUGUGCACAUAAAAGUUUGCUUUUACUGAAAAAAAUAAAAACUGUUGUGACAA